CAGAACACCUUCCGGGUCGGCCGGAAGUGACCGUAGGCGGAAUGGUUGCCAUGGCAGCGGCUGGUCGCGCGGCUGGGUGGAGGGAAGAUGGCGGUCACCGGCUGGUUGGAGAGUCUGCGGACCGCCGAGAAGACUGCGCUGCUGCAGGACGGGAGAAGAAAGGUGCACUAUUUGUUCCCAGAUGGAAAGGAAAUGGCCGAAGAAUAUGAUGAGAAGACGGGUGAACUGCUUGUGAGAAAGUGGCGUGUGAAAAGUGCCUUGGGAGCCUUGGGCCAGUGGCAGAUUGAGGUGGGAGAGCCAGCACUCCCGGGAGCAGGGAGCCUGGGGCCUGAAUUCAUCAAGGAAAACAAUGCCAAUCCCAUCUUCAUGCGCAAGGACACCAAGAUGAGUUUCCAGUGGCGGAUUCGAAACCUCCCCUACCCUAAGGACGUCUAUGGUGUGUGUGUGGACAAGAAGGAGCGCUGCAUCGUUGUCCGAACAACCAACAAAAAGUACUUCAAGAAGUUCUCCAUUCCUGACCUAGACAGAUACCAGCUGCCUCUGGAUGAGGCCUUGCUGAGCUUCGCUCACGCCAACUGCACCCUGAUUGUCUCUGUAAGAUUCACCCAGACUGGCCACUGCAUCAGGGAGAGGCUCCUUUCCUGGCCCAUGUCCCAUCCCCAGCCCGUGUACCAGAAGCCAAAGGAGGUCCUGGCGGCUGAGUCACAGCUUCAGCAGGAGCUCAAGAAAGUGAAGACAGCCAACAGCAGCGACGGGGACUGUAAGACCCAGUAGCAGAGCGUCCCUGCGCAGGCACCUCGUGCAGCGUGGCGGACCUCCGGCAGCCAGCCGGGUGGGUGAGGCUCCUCCGGACUUUGUGGCUUGGGCCUUUCUGGUACCGGGGCAUGUCCACUCUUCCAAGAGCUGCCCAGGCUCUGUGAGAACUGGGCCUUGGGGUGCUCCUAGCCCCCAUAUUAUGGUUUGAUCUCCCGAGUAAAGUCAUUCUGAGUCA